CUUGUUCAAUUAUAUAACAUCCCAUCAUUCUAGCAGACCACCCUCCUCAUCCUUCAUUUUCAACCUUAGUUAGAUCUUCCAGUACAACUCCCCAUGAACCAUAACCAGAAGACAUCCAAUGAACCUCAUAUCAACUCUUCUCAUAACCAUAGAGAAACAGGAAGCUCAGAAUCAUUCCCUCACCUUCUUCAUUCUUUGCAACCACAAAUCGAUCCUCACACUUCGAAGCCUUCUAGCACCACUAGUGGUGGUUGUGGUGGUGGUGAUCCAGUAACUGUUAAGAAAUUGAGCCACAACGCUAGUGAACGCGACCGUCGGAAAAGAUUGAACGAUUUGUUCUUCUCUCUUCGAUCCCUACUUCCGGGAACUGAUAGAUCGAAGAAACUGAGUAUCCCAGGUACUGUGACAUGUGCACUCAAGUACAUACCGGAGCUACAAAAGCUGGUACAGAAGUUGAUGCAAAGGAAAGAAGAGAUACUAUCAGUUAUCUAUGAACAAAGAGAUGACCCUAUCCAUCCUCUUCAUUAUAAGCAAAGGAAAGGGGUUCGAACUUCUUUUCCAGUAGUCACUGCAAGUCAAGUGGAUGAAAGAGAAUAUGUUAUUCAGAUUAUUACAUUGAAGUCCAAGAGCAUCCCACUCUCUGUGGUCUUAGAAGAUUUAGAGAAAGGGGGUUUCCAAGUUUUGAAUGCUUCAGCUUUCACAUCCUCUGGGAAGAUGGUUUGCUACAACCUUCAUCUUCAGGUGAAAGAAACCAGAGUUUGGGAAUGUGAGAUGUUGAGUCAAGAGCUCAUGUUUAUGUACCAGAACCAGGAAGAAUUGCAAACUCAAUGCUUCAAUGUGCAUAACUUAAGAAGGGGUUUGCAAACCCAACUAUAAUCAUUUUCAUUUUUUUUUUUUUCUUUUCUGUAAACCCUAUUUGGAUGACUAAAACAAUGUUGGUGUCAAUACAAAUGAUGUGUACAGAAAUCUAA